GUGAUGCAUCCUGUAGGUCUGGGAUGACUGUGUGUGACUGACGUUCUUGAUUCAUCAUCCAACAACCUCAUGGGCAGCAAGGAUAUAUAAGCUGGAUCACACCUGCUCAACAAUAACCACUGGAGACCUCCGCCAACUAACCUCAGCCUGUUACCAAAGUCCAGGUGCCUUCAGCGACUCCACAGCAUGCUGCCUGGGAGAGCGGCUAAUGUCCGGCACUGUGUCCUGACGAGCCGCUGGCUGCCCGCAGUCCUGGCACUGCUCCUCCUCCUCUCCUCCAGCAUCAGCAGCGCUCACAGCACCACGGUGGAGCACGACUUCCACAUCGUUCACAAUGUGGACAACAGAAGUCCAGAGAUAGACCCAUUCUGGUACGUAGGGCGCGGGGUGAGACCCAUCGGCCGCUUUGGGAAGAGGCACAGCGUGAGGGCUCUGGGCAGCAGCGGGAUGCAGCCGGUCGUCAGGACGCUGGAGCUGCUCCUCAACAGCCUCAGAAACAGGGAGAACCUCGAGAAAGCGCUGGACGGAGAAAACAGGGAUUGGUUACCAUGACAGCGUGUCCUCCCCCCUCAAAUCAUAAACUCUGAGUGUCUUUAUUUUUUAUUUUGAUUAAGGUUACUGACUCUGUAUUUCUCUCUGGUGUCUUUUCUGAGGCCUUGGUUGACAUGAAAUCCCUCUUCAAAUCUAUUUGUACAUAAAAAUGUAUUCUAUAUUGGUUAAUAAA